UUCUACUCCUGCUUCGCAGCAGCAGGUUGUGAGCUCGCCCUGGAGGAGCUGUGGGAUGCUGCCGAACACACCCUGUGCAUUUCGCUGUCUUUUCACAUCAGCGCCAACCAACAAGCUGUAGACCAUCAAAACCUUCAUCAAAUAUGUGGCGUUGCACCGGCUGAUUGCAUCUGCUUCAGGUUACUGUGAUGGCAGGGUCAAAGAUGUCUGUGCCACUGGCUGUGUUGGUGGUCCUCUCAGUGCUGCUGACAGGUGCAACACCUGCUGGCCCUGAGAUGGACCCUUACAAAAUCUUGGGAGUAACCAGGGGUGCAAGCCAGGCUGAGAUUAAGAAGGUCUACAAGCGUCUCGCAAAAGAAUGGCAUCCUGACAAAAACAAAAACCCAGGUGCUGAGGACAUGUUUAUCAAGAUAACCAAAUCUUAUGAGAUCCUGUCCAAUGAAGACAAACGUGCCAAUUUUGACCGUUACGGGCAGACUGAUGACACCCAGCCACACGGUGGGGCUCGCUACGGUCACCGCCAGGACAGCUUUUACUUUGACGAGUCUUUCUUCAACUUUCCCUUUAACAGCAAGAACCACAGGGACUUUGCUGACAGCAAGUACACGUUGCACUUUAACCAGUAUGUCAAUGACGUGGUGCCUGACAGCUAUAAGAGACCGUACCUGAUAAAGAUCACUUCUGACUGGUGCUUCAGCUGCAUCCACAUUGAGCCUGUGUGGAAGGAGGUGGUGCAGGAGAUGGAGACUCUAGGUGUGGGGAUAGGCGUGGUGGAUGUUGGCUAUGAGAGACGGUUGGCUAAUCACCUUGGUGCUCAUCGCACUCCAUCAAUACUUGGAGUCAUAAAUGGCAAAGUGACGUUUUUCCAUUACGCUGUAGCAAAGGAGCACCUGAGACAGUUUGUGGAAGACCUUCUCCCUCAGAGACUUGUGGAGUGGGUCACCGACAAGAAUGACCUACAGUUCUUAAACAGCUGGCAUGAGCUCAACAAACCCCACGUCCUUCUGUUCGACCAAGUGCCUGUAGUUCCUCUGCUUUACAAACUGACAGCUUUUGCAUAUAAGGACUACUUGCAGUUUGGCUACGUGGACCAGGGUCUUUCAGAGACUGCUAAUCUGCAGAAACAGUUCAACAUUAACACGUACGCUCCAACAAUGUUGGUCUUCAAAGAGAACAUCGACAAGCCUGCCGACAUUAUACAGGCUAAAGGAAUGAAAAAGCAAAUUAUCGAUGAGUUCAUGUCAAACAACAAGUUCCUCCUUGUGCCACGGCUGGUCAAUCAGAAGCUCUUUGAUGAGCUCUGUCCUGUCAAACAGUUCCAUAGACGCAGAAAAUACUGCGUCCUGCUGAUCACAGGUGAAGAAGAAAACUUUUCUUUUGGGAACCAGGCAUUUCUUUCAUUUGCGUCUACCAAUACCAAGGAAGUUGUGAGAUUUGCAUAUGUAUACCAGCGGCUACAGCAACCGCUUUGUGACAUCCUCAUGCAGAACAAGGACAGCGCACAGCCACCAGCACAGGUGGUGAUCCUGGAGAGGCGUAAUGCUGCAGGGAAGGCCUUGUUCAAGCCGGUGACCGCCUGGAACGGCAGUGAGGAAGACAAGCAGUCUCUUCUGGAGGAGUUGCAGCGUCUACAGAAGGACCCGUCCAUCCUCAUCCAUGACGCCAUGCUGCCUGAGCUCAACAACGAGUUUGCCUCUAUGUUUGUAAUCCGAUGGAUCUAUGCAUCUUACGAUUACCUCUCUGAAGUCAUCGAUGAUAUUCUGCAUAACAACUGGCGUGAAAUGAUGCCUCUUCUGUCCCUCAUCUUCUCUGCCUUGUUCAUCUUGUUUGGAACUGUUGUCAUCCAGGCCUUCAGUGACUCCAGUGAAGAUAAGCAGACUAAACCAAAGGCAAAAGAUGGAACAAAAGCAGAAAAUGGGUCACCAGGGACCGGCGGUACUUCAAGUAGGCCUCCCAAGAAGAAUUUUGUGGAGGUGACAGAGCUGACAGAUAUCACUUACAUGAGCAACCUGGUGAAGCUGAGGCCGGGACACAUGAACAUAGUGCUGGUGCUCACUGACGCCUCCAAAAACAUCCUGCUCAGCAAGUUUGCCAAAGAGGUCUACUCCUUCACUGGGAGCCUGACGCUGCAUUUCUCCUUCCUGAAUAUCGACAAGCACGGCGAGUGGAUGAACACACUGCUGGAAUACGCCCAGGACGCCAUGCAGAUCGAUGCGGACGAGGACGACGCGGGAAACCACAAGAUGGACUACACCGGCUACGUGCUGGCACUUAACGGCCACAAAAAGUACCUCUGCCUGUUUAAGCCCGUCUACACUGGGGAAGACCUUGACAGUAAGUCAUCUGAGGACGAGGGGAGCACAUCAGGGGGGAGGUCGAGGUCCAGUUCCCGCGACGACCACCCGCCGCGCAGAUCUAACAGAUCCCGAAGCUUAUCCACGCUGCAGAUCCACCACAAACUGGACCGCCUGGGGCUGUGGAUGGAAAGGCUCAUGGAGGGCACUCUGCCUCGCUACUACAUCCCCACGUGGCCAGGACUAGACAAGAUCACUCCCAGUAAAUAGACGGAGGCCAGUUAGAAUGAACUGAGUAUUUAUUUACUGAUACACUGAAAUGUCUCCCCCUCGUGUUCUGCUGAGGUUGCUAGAGCUGCCUUUUUUUGCACUCGAGAUAUUUAAUAGUUACAGAUGUCGUUAAAGUUGGGUCAAUAUUACAAACUUGCAUUUAGUGCAACUACUGUGGGACAGGUCCUUUAGCGCAGUGGUUCCCAACUGGUGGGUCGCGGUCCAAAAGUGGGUCACGAACAUGUCAAGUUUGUAAAGAACACACUUUAUUUUGAAGUACAGUAAAUUUCCAGCAGAGAGCUUUUAUCUUGAAGUUCUGUUUCCUGCUGUAAACUGAGUGACCAAUGGACAGCUACUUGAGACAGACAGCAAACUAGCUCAACGACAGGGCCAAACACAACUAUGACACUGAAUAUAUUAAACAGCGUGGACCUUGAACUGAUGACUAAGGAGAAAUCUGGACCCCAGGGCUGGACCAGUUAGGAACCACUGCUUUAGCGCACCUCUCUUAUGCUCAUCGCAUGCUGUUUUCAACUGUUGGUCGUCCUAUUUUAUUCAGAGAAAUGCUGCUGCUACAGCCUUGUGAACAGAAAAUCACUGUGGCCGCCUGCCUUCAUGACCAUCAGUCAUGUUCACACACAGUAAAGGAGGCAGGAAAACUACCUUUAGUCUUCAUUGAUGAAAACUGUGAAUAGAGAUGCAUGUCUCUAACACUAAAUGUCUCGCCUUCUCAUGCAUCUCAGCCCAAGUUUUUAUUCCGUUAUAGAUGAUCUCCUGAAUGCUGAUUCGCUUGUGCAAUAUAGCGCACUGCUGUAAUGACGACGCCUUCUACCCUCAAGGGAUUCUCCAUGUUCUUCCUGAUCAUGUUAUUGCAUCAAAAGAAAAUACUUGUUUUUGUUACACUACAGGCAAGAAUUAUAUAGCAGCCUUAGUUUAUUUAACAACCUCAGUUAGCUAGUAGCUUUAUGUAGCAAAUAUUAUUAACAAGCUGUCCGUUUCAUUUUACGAACGUUUCCCAAAUGGCCAUGGAUUGACUGAUACAUUGUCAUUAUGUCGUCUUGGAUUACAAAGACAUGAAAAUGAAGUCAAACUUACUGUGUGCUUGCUUGGUUUAUUAAUUUGUUUUGUCAACACUGAGUGUAAAAAUGUCAUUGAUAUAAUUUUGUUGGUACGAUGUGAUGUAAAUAUUGUACAUAGUCAUGUUAUCUAUAGGACCUGUAUUUUAAAGAGUAUGUAACUUUAAAGAUAAGGUGAAUGUUUUACAUGGAUUUAUCACAAUGCUGUAGUUCAGUUUUUUUUCUUAUAUUUUCUUUUACAAGUUAACGUAAAAAAAAAAGAAGAAAAGAACUGCUACGGUCUGAUGUUUCAGUUGGUCUUCAGUCGUGUAUUUAUCCUCUUGUUGGUUGUAA